AUGACUGCUGGCAUUACUGAACCACCGUAUCCCCUUCACGAGUCCGUUAAAGACCUAUUGGACUCGGAGUAUGUCGCAUUUUAUAACGAACAUGUCAUCAAUAACCAACAGGUGCACCUCCGGCCAGUGGAAGCGUCACGGACAAGUGGCGUCUUGAUUCCUGGUGCAGGUCCUAUGCUAGAGGUGGGCAAAACUGAAGACAUUACUGUUCAGCGACGAGGGACCGAGGGCCCACCAGUGCCUAUCCGCUGCUUUACCCCCAAGGGCCAGGCACCUCCUGGUGGAUGGCCAGUUAUGUUGUAUUUCCAUGGCGGUGGCUGGGUGCUGGGUAAUAUUGACACCGAGAACGUGGUGUGUUCGAAUCUCUGUGUAAGAGGUAAUUGUGUUGUGAUCACAGUUGAUUACCGUCUUGCACCUGAAAAUCGCUGGCCUGCCGCAGUCCAUGACUGCUGGGAAGCUCUUCUCUGGCUGCUUGCCGACGGCCCCGCCGCUCUCUCGGUGGAUGUAUCCAAAAUCGCAACUGGUGGCUCCUCCGCCGGCGGAAACCUUGCUGCGAUUAUGACGCAUAAGGCGCUGACUCUGUCACCGCCUGUUCACUUCAAAGCCCAGCUCCUCUCUGUCCCCGUGACAGAUAACACUGCCACAGUAGAGAACAACGAGUCAUAUCGUCGGUACGAACGGACCCCCGCACUUCCCGCACUUAAGAUGUACUGGUACCGAGAUCAUUAUGUCCCCAACGAAGCAGACCGCACCAACCCAGAGUCAAGCCCGCUAUUCUGGCAGGGCGAUUACUCUCGAUUGCCGCCUGCGUUGGUCAUGGUUGGCGAGUUGGAUGUGCUGCGUACGGAGGGUGAGCAGUAUGCGGAGAAGUUGCAGAAGGCUGGUGUGCCUGUCGAUCUGCAAGUGAUGAAAGGCAUGCCGCAUCCAUUUUUGGCGAUGGAUGGGGCAUUGUCUGAGGGCAAGAGGUGUAUCACUUUGAUGUGUGAUGCGCUCCAAAAGGCGUUUAGGACUGAUUGA